AUGUUUGAACGUUGUUUACUGAGGAACACGAUUCUCCCGCGGUGAAACUUGCUCGCUGUGCUGUGCUCUUCCCCAAAUAUAUCUUCCUGUCUGUAUAUGCUUCGACACUGUAGAGUGUGCACAGCGUGAGUGCAGUGGAGGAAAAACUUCGACGGCAAUCGCUAGAGAAGGGGUCUAAUUUUCGGGACGAGCGUCGCUUCCCUUUUUUUCGGGAUUUGGUGGCAAAGCCGGAGGAAUACUUAUGUUCUUAAGGAUUCCGCCGUUUUCGGCAAAUCGUGAGAACAGCUAGAUUUGUGUGUGUUUUAGAUGAAAGGGGGGUGAAAAGGGAGAAAAGGAUCUCUGGAUUGGUACAGUGAUGGAAAGUGUGCGUGUGUGAAAAAUCCGCUUGUUUCACAGUUUUCUUACGAUUUCGUUUUAAGAAUUCACCUUUUACGUGGAAAACCAGUAUUGAAUUGCUUUUACAUCUAUCACUGAUCAAUUACAAAGUGUGAUAAGAAGCAAAGUGAUUACCAUUCAAGUGAAUUUUGCUGAUACAGCUCGUUGUGAAGAAUAUUUUAUACUCCAUGCUGAACGAUUUGCGAAAAAGGUAGUGCGUAGUACGAUUCACCAUCUGGCACCAUUCGUUCAUUCGGAUACUUCCACUCGUAAGGGAUUACUCAGCACAAGAACCGAUUUUCCGGCCGAACCUCAACAAUUGUCUUCAAUAGUGGUUGUAACGGCUCUACGUGUGUCGAUUCCGUGCGUUUCCGAUACCGUGCACACGCACAGUCUUGAAAACUAAAAAGAUUUCACAAACCCGUUAGGAGUUAUCGAUAACAAUGGGUGAAACAGACGAGAAGGAUACUGCGCCGCCAACGGCACCAACGGAAAAGUCCACGACCGAAACGCCUGUUGUCUCCGAACCCCACCCAGAAUCGGAAGCUGAUCCGAAGGAAACCGAGAAGCUACUGGCCAACCGCGAGGAAAAAACCGAUGGCAAAGAAACGGAAAAACCAGCCGACGAUAAAAAGAAAAGCAGUGAAAACGUGAACGGUAACGAAGAGAUCAUCAACAUCCCGGAAGAGGCUUCAACCGAAACAGUCAAAGUGGAAGACGAGAAAGCCAAAGCGGACAAACCGAACAAGGUGCAGGCAGAAGAGCGGGAAGUCAAGCCGAAAAAAGUUCCAGCUGGGGCUUUCAAACUGCCAGGUUUCUUCAACAAGGGCAAAGCCAAGGAAGCCGACGGUGCCGAUAACGAACUACUGGAGAAACAAGAAGCCGAUAAGGACGCAAAGGCAGCGGAAGCUGAAGAAAAGCCCAAACGGGCGGGAUUUUUCGCAAACUUAAGGCUGCGCAAUCCCUUCGCAAAGAAACAAGCCGAACCGGUCCCAACCGAUGACACCAAGACAAAGCCCGACGAGGAAGAGAAUGAUGAAGUGACGGCUGAGGCCACUGACAAAAAGCCCGAAGAGGAAAAUGCAGUCGAAAAGAAGGAGGAAGAAGCGGAACAAGCACCUAAGAAAGGACUGUUGGAUGCACUAAAGGUUCCACUGGCCAGUAUAAUUCCGAAAAGGUUUAAAUCCGGAAACGGCGAAGGAGAAGAUGAUCUGGAACUUGGUAAGAGACCGAAGAAUCGCGCCGGCCUGGCAUCGAUGGAGACGCUUGAUGACUCACUGAAAGACACCGAAACGAAAGACACCGUAGAUAGCAAACCGGGUGCCAAUGGAACCGACUCAGAAGCGCUGGUAAAGCCCGAGGAAAAGAAAGACGCUGAGAAGGAUGAGGCCGACGAACCGACUCCGUCCAAGUAUCCCUGUUUUGAUCGCAUCCGGAAUUAUAGAUGCACAGUUGACGACAUUGCCAUCAUCACUGGAAUUGUUGUAUUCCUGCUCCUGCUCGCCUUAAUCAUUGCCUUCACAUUCAUCGGUAAAAGCGAACCAAUCACCGCUCCAGUUCGGGACGGAAAGUACAUCGAAACGGUAACGUCGUGUGGAAAAGUUGAAGGCGUGCUAGAGGAUGGCGCAUUUGCAUUCCGAGGAAUCCCAUACGCCAUACCGCCGGUAGGCCCGCUCCGUUGGAAAGCCGCUCAACCCAUCGACAAUAUUAACUACUGCUGGAAUGAAACGCUUAAGGCUCACAACGCUACACCGGUUUGCUGGCAGUUCUACGCUGACGGAAAGGUUGAUGGUGCCGAAGAUUGUCUCACUCUUGACGUAAUCACUCCCCAUGUCCGAUACGAUAAUCCACUGCCAGUGGUUGUACUGAUUGGAGCAGAAUCGUUCACCGGAGAUUCGCCAGGAAAGUUGCGUCCGUCCACGCGUUACGCUCGCGCUCGUGACGUGAUCUUCGUGCGUCCAAACUUCCGUAUGAACGUGUUCGGCUUCCUUGCUCUUGAACAACUCACAAAAUCGUCUCAUCCACCAACCUCGGGUAACUAUGGUCUCUCGGACGUGAUUGCGGCUCUCAAAUGGAUCCAGCUCAACAUCAUCCAUUUCGGUGGCAAUCCGGAAUCCGUCACCCUAUUCGGACAUCGUGCUGGUGGAACGAUCGUUGCCGCUCUAGCUUCAUCCAACAAGACCUCCAAACUGUUCGCCAGAUCUUGGAUUUCCUCGGCAGCCUCUAUCUAUCCUGGAAACCCUCUACCCGAGUCAGAGAAAGCUAACACUGCUUAUUUGGGUCGCAUCAAGUGUGAAGAUGCUGAAUGCCUUCGGGAUAAAGAAGAUGAAGACGUCCUCGAUGCUGUUCCUGACACAUGGAGAAGAAUCUUCCCAGACCUGCCGUCCGUUGAAGAGAACGCUACCGCAAAUCACGAAUGGCUCGUUUUGGACGGACACAUUCUCCAACAGCACCCGGCUGACGUAUGGAGCGCGGAAACUGGAAAGCUGAAGUACGUGAUCGGAACAACAUCUCACGAAAGUCACUCAGAUAAAUUGCAUCUGAAAUACACCGAAUGGACACCAGAACUGGUUACAAAACACGUCAAUGAGAGUAAAAUUGGCGAGCUCGGACUAACCGAGGAAGCCCUCAAGCGAUACAAUGCCACCUACCAAGGACUAGUUUCCAUGAUCUCUGACAUCCGAACGGUCUGUCCGUUAUUGACAAUCUCUCAGAAACUACUGACGUCUCAGUUCUACGUCGUAACGCAAACCGGCGGCGAGCUUGGUAUUGCCAACGUUGAUUCAGACGUCCAGGCUAUCCUCGGCCGUUAUGAGCCAAAAACGCCGGAACAGAGACGGUAUGUCUCCGCUAUUCAGCAGCUGUUCUACCACUACGUUUCGCACGGUGAGAUUAAAUCAGAACUCCGACGGAAACUGCUCGAUAUCGGGCAAGACGCACUGCCAACAUACAACAGUGAGAAUUGCGAUUUCUGGAUCAAAAACGACGUCGUUCCACGUUACGCGCGGCUAGACUAAGUUAUGACAAACGUGUAGUGAGUUGUUCUAAACGGGCGUAACGCCCAACAGAACCAGUUAUUUAAUGUAUCGCUCCCUGUAUCUCGUUUUUAUUUUCGAACUGCAUCAUAGAGCGGGACCAUUGCAUGGAAACCAUAGACCCAGGCCAAAUACUGGACUGUUUUUGCUGCUUCCUGCGUGAAGGAAAGCUUUUGAUACGAA